AUGGAGAGGAAGCGGAAGCUCCCCGCGAGGACUUCGGCCCGCGUUGAAAACGCCAACAAACGUCGGAAUUUGACGCCUCGUCAGGAACGAUCCGUCACUCCAGCUCCUCCUCCUCCUCCUCCAGAGCCAGAGCCUGUCGUGGUCAAGGAACCAACGCCGCCGCCGCCGCUGCCGACCUCGAUCCAGCCAGGAAAGCCGCUGCCAACCGUGGAGAGCGCGCAGCCCGGCGACCUGUCUGCCAAAGAGUAUCAAUCCGUUCUAGAAAGCGGCGUCCUCGCAGAAUCUCUCUCUCGGUCUCGAUAUCGCUGGAUCAACGAUGGGCUCUUUGAAAAGUUUUGGACCAAGCCUCACAAGCGCAAGGGUGUCGUCAACGAGGACCCGAAAAAUCCUCCCAAGGACAGCAUGACCAAGGUCGGCUCAGUUACCAUUACUAUUGAGCCUCAUAUAGUUGAAGCCACCAUGUUCGUCGUCAAGGAAGCCAAGCUGACUCAAACGCAGGCUCAAUCGCAACCACAGCCGUUGGCCCGACCAGUUCUCCAGUAUGGCCCUCCAAAUGGCUCUAUGCCGCCUCCGCCUGGGCCUGGAUCGUCAACACCAAGCCAAACCCCAGUUGCAGCUACUACACCAAAGCCUGCUGCCACCCCGAAGGCUGCUCCAAGUCCUUCUCAACGGCCACUGCCACCUUCGCCGAGCGUUUCAGCGCCUCAGCCUACACCAUCACCGCUCACGACUAUCAAUGUAGCCACGUCGCCAUCACCAGGCCCGGCGUUUUCUGCGCAACAGCCCGCUGCGCCCCCUCCUGCACCUCCACAGCCUCCUCCGGCAGCUGCACCGCUGCCCCUGGCUCGACCACCUCAGGCGCCUCAACCGCCCGCGAAUCCCGUACCGGCACAGCAGCAGCAAGCUCGCACACCAUUGGCAAGGCCGCCUCCGCCUCCGCCGCUAAUUAUACCGGCCAACAAUCCCCGACCACCCAACGCAAAGCCUGUUCCCAACGACCCGGUCAUUGCCCUGCUUGCGCAAAAGGCUUCGGGGGAUCCUGAGCUGCGUGACCUGAUGAAAAGAGUGGCUGUGGGCCAGGCCCGGCAAGGAGAACUCGAUCGCUUCCAGAAGAUCAUUGAUCAAUUGAAUGCCGAGUAUCGUCGGAGUGGUGGACAGCAGGGUCCUUCGGCCGACAGGCUGCUUGUGGAUGGAAGAACUGUCAAGUACUUUGCAGAUGAAGUGCGGACCAUUCUUGACAUUGUUCUAGCGUCCAACCCUCGUCAGAGGUCAAGCGAGUUGAGACCGCCGCCAAGGAGUGACCCCCUCGUGGUAAUGCUCGUAAAGACGGCAUUGGAAGAGCCCAAAACUAACGACAUGAUUCGACGUAUCGCAGGAGGUACCCCUGGUUUUACGGAUGCGACAGACCUCAAGGAAAUUCUUGACCGACUCCACAGAGAAGCAAAGCCUGCGCCGCAGACGCUGUCUACCCCUGUCUCGGCAAAGCAGCAGCCCGGCGAUGCGCUCAAUGGCCAGGCGAGGACUUCGAAUCCCCCAACACCUCAGCAGGCAAAUCCCCAAGCGCUACGUUCAAAAGGGCCUCCACCUGCACCGAAACCCGAUAUUUCUGCCGUGGUGUUUGAUUUUGGAAACGGAGAUCGCUACCUGUUUCCUAAAUUCAGCAUCCUGGAGUAUCUUCCCACCCCAUCCGGCCAGGAGGUGGUUGCGUCCUUCCUCAUCGUGCGCAAGGGCAGCAUGUCCGAGUAUGGAGGAGACCCCGAGCUUGACUACUACCAGCCCGUCACAAUCCGCAUUUCCACAAGUACUGGCCGCUAUCUAGAGAACUUGAUGCGUGUAGUGGCGCCUCAAGAUGAGGUACGGCGUUAUAUGGAUGAUGUGAUGGACAACAUGACGCGUGCCGAAUAUGUGCUCCUGGCAAUGCAAUUACCAAGGGUGUCAAAAGAUGAAAAGGCAAACGGCGCGGCCGAAGAGCCCAAGACCAACGGAGCAACGCUCAAGGUUGAGACGGACUCUGAUCAGCCUGUGGAGGCGAAACCCUCUGUCCUGUGGGCAAAGACAGCUAACCCUGCCAAACAGCUGGAGUUUUUCAAACCGCACGAUCCAGAGGAGGAGAACGAAGCCAAAUACAAGCGGCUUAUUCAAUCAGUGACGGCUAAAGACGCUUAG